GACCGCGACUGUUGUCGAAGACGACGUUCCGUGCGUGAAAUAGCAAAUGCUUGUCUCUGGUGUGUUUUCUUUCAUUGCCGGGGGGUAAACUCCUGAGGAGCGAAUGAAGAAACAAAUUUUGCUUUUGUUCACAUUCAGAGGACUAGUAAGCAAAGGGAAAAAGGGGAAAAGAAGAAAAUGGCCGACUUUAUAUUACGGAAAGCCGAACCGAAGGACGUGUCUGAUAUCUUGCGACUCAUAAAGGAACUUGCUAAAUAUGAAGAAAUGGAAGAACAGGUUAUACUGACUGAAAGAGAUCUGCUUGAUGAUGGCUUUGGGGACCAUCCAUUCUAUCACUGCUUUGUCGCAGAAGUUCCAAAAGAACAUCAAAGUUGUGAUGGUUAUACUGUGAUUGGCUUCGCCAUGUACUACUUCACGUAUGACCCUUGGAUUGGAAAGUUGCUCUACUUGGAGGACUUCUAUGUCAUGGAGGAGUACAGAGGUUUUGGCAUUGGUUCACAAAUCCUGAAGAGACUGAGUGAGACGGCUGUGCAGACCCGCUGCAGCAGCAUGCACUUCAUCGUAGCGGAAAACAACAAGCCGUCUAUUGAAUUCUACAAACGCAGGGGAGCAGCUGAUCUGUCCUCUGAGGAGGGCUGGCGCCUGUUUGCAAUUGAUAAGGAGGACCUAUUAAAAAUGUCCGUCAAACGAAACUAAUCACCCUGUACUGACUGUUGAUGAUGGC